GUCUUGAACAAUUUAGCCAUGCGAAAACAUCUGAGAUACACUGCGUAUGAUGAUAACAUGUGCCGACAUCGCAGGUGUCCCCGUAGCGCCCCGGAGGAUUUCGCCAUCUCCACCAUGGAGUUCCAAGUCCGCUCCGGGCCAUCGCCGGACACACGCCGGAAAGGGAAGUGGUGGGCCACCAGUAGACGUCCUAACUGGACGGAGUUGCAACUCCAUUGUGGAGAGUCGGCGGCGCUGGCCCGGAGCAGGCUUCCUGUGGUCUCGAAGAAGGCUGUUGGUCUUCUGGAUAAACCUUGAUUGUGUAAAAUGAUCUCGGGAAGAAUCCAUCAUUGUCUUCUAAGGCACCUUUCAAGUCUCUUCUCCAUCGUCGGAAUCCAUGCCACAAUCGUCUCGGUCUCAGGCAACUACCUUCAGUUAUGGCACCUUCAAGCACUCAAGACCUGUUCGAUGUUGAACAUCUUACCUCCUCCAAAAGCAUCGACAAAACCUCUUCUGCCCAUCAGCCCACCGCUCCGGACUUUGAGCUCUUCCGUCACCUGGUACCCCUCGUCUCAAGCGGCAAGACAACACACCUCAACGCAGCUUUCAUGCCUCCCUCAAAUCUCAUUGUCAACGAGGCCCUCUCCCGCUUUUGCUCGGAAGCUCUGUAUCAUCCAUCUCCAAAGUCUCGCUGGAAAGAAGAUGUUGAGGCAGUAAGAGAAUUACUGGGCAGGUACAUCAACACAGACCCAUCAACCAUCGCCUUUGUCAGGGACACCACCGAAGGCUUGGGAAGCUUUAUCCGCGGUCUCAAGUUCCAGCCUGGCGACAACGUCGUGAUACUCGACUGCGAACAUCCGAACCAAGCGUUCGCUUGGCUGACGCUCCGCUCGGCUGGUCUAGAAGUCAGACUCGUCCCCGCAGACCCGGAGAACCCGGUAGCAGCGGAUGCGGCCACCUUUGCGCCGUUCGUUGACGAGAGAACGAGGGCGAUCGGGCUGAGUUCCAUCAUGUUCCACACAGGACAACGGAACAAUGUCGCGGAUGUCUGCGCGGCAUUCAGGCACAGGGGGAUCCACGUUCUCGCGGACCUGACUCAGCAGGUCGGAUUUGCUGCCGUCGAUGUGAAAGCGUUGGGUGUUUCGGCGGCGGCGUUCAGCCUGCACAAGGGCCUCAACUCGCCAACCGGCUUCGCAGCGCUGUACGUUGAUACACAAGUUAUCCAAGAGAUGGAUCCAGUGCCACCCAUUGUAGGCUACGGCGGGGUGAGCUGUGUCGGCGACUCGGAGGACUUUGUGGUCCCGGAGGACCCCAUCAUCUUCCACCCUACCGCGAGACGAUAUGAACACGCCAACAUGAGCUUUAUCUCAGCCGUGGCCGCCAGAGCAUUUCUCCAAUUUUAUCUCGAAGUGCUGGGCCCCAGAAAUCUCGAGCAGCGUCUGUACAGCCUUGGAGAUGUGCUGCGGCAAUCUUGCGCUGAAUUGGGUAUUGGCGUCGUUGGGCCAAGCGAGAGGAAACAUCACGCACCGCAUCUUCAUGUUCUUCGUUUGCAGGACCCGAGGUGGUCUGAACGCUUGGAGGCAGCAGGUAUCGUAGCGACGACAUUUAGAACCGGUAUCAGAGUCUCGUUUGGCUUCUAUAGCAAUCUGGAAGAUGCGGAGAGAUUGAUGACGGUGAUCCGGACAGGGCUUGCAAGCGGCAUCCCAGCGUGUUAGUGAUACGCGAUCAAAGGGGAUGAUGGAAUGACACAAACCGACAGUCUUGACUUGCGAUUGACGAUGUUUCUUAAUGAGAGAAACGCGUAGGCAGUCUUCUAUGAUGAUCUUUGAUAACUUCUUUUCUGUUGAAUGUCGC